GAAGUGAAGUCCUGUUUGCUCCGGAUCUUUUAGUGGGUAACACAGCUUUAGAAGGAGGGAAAUAAAUACAGUAUGGCCAAGUCAAAAUCGUUUCUGGUGCUGUGCAUGGACGUGGGCUUUUCCAUGUCCAACUCAGCACCUGGGGAAGAAUCUCCAUUUGAACAAGCCAAAAAAGUCAUUCAGAAGUUUGUCCAACGUCAGGUAUUUGUAGAGGCUAAAGAUGAAUUGGCAUUGGUUCUAUUCGGCACUGACUCCACCAAGAACCCGCUGGCCCAGGAUGACCAGUACCAGAACAUCACUGUACACCGCAACUUGAUGAUACCUGAUUUUGAGCUUCUGGAGGAGAUUGAGAAUCAGGUCCACCCAGAGAAUCAGCAGGCUGACUGGCUGGAUGCUCUUGUUGUCUGCAUGGAUCUUCUUCAAACAGGAACAAAUGGGAAAAGUUAUGACCGACUCAACAUUGCCUUGCUGAGUGACCUCGCUACUGAAGCAGACUCCGAGCAACUGGACGUCAUCAUUGAAAACCUCAAACAGGCUGGCAUCACCUUGCAGUUCUUUUUACCCUUCCCUGUUGAAGAUGAAGCAAAAGAUGCAGGGGAUGCGGGCAGAGGAGGUCCUGAUGCCCCUGGCUCUGGCAAAGGUCUGUCCAGGGAGCAGAAGAGUGGGCUGGACAUGGUCAAACACAUCAUGCUCAGCCUGGAUGAGCAGGAAGGUCUUGAUCAGAUUUACACACUGAGGAAUGCAAUUGCGCAACUUCAUAUGUUUAAGUGCAUUGAGAGAAGACCCAUGGCCUGGCCUUGUCAGCUGACCAUCGGCAGCACUCUGUCCAUCCGCAUCGUUGGCUACAAAGCUGUGACCGAGGAGAAGCUGAAGAAAACGUGGAUCACGGUUGAUGCUCAAAGCAAUCAGAAAGAUGACGUGAAGAGGGAGACUGUCUACUGUCUGGACGAUGACAACGAGACGGAGGUGUCGAAGGACGACAUCAUUCAAGGUUUUUGCUAUGGGAGUGAUAUUGUUCCUUUCUCCAAAGUGGAUCAAGAGCAGAUGAAAUACAAACAUGACGGAAAGUGCUUUGCUGUUCUUGGCUUUACCAAACAGAAUCUGGUUCGGCGCCACUCCUUCAUGGGAAAUCAAGCCAUCAAGAUAUUCGCUGCACUUAACGAUCAGCAUGCAGGAGUGGCACUGUCCGCUCUGGUGCGGGCACUGGAUGAGCUCAAGAUGGUGGCCAUUGUUCGCUAUGCCUACGACCGGCGCGCUAACCCUCAAAUAGGAGCAGCUUUCCCUUGCAUCAAGCAGCACUAUGAGUGUCUGAUAUAUGUCCAACUUCCCUUCAUGGAAGACCUCAGCCACUUCGCCUUUGCGUCUCUGGACAGCAAGAAAUUUGCCCCUUCAGACACGCAGCUGCAGGCUGUCGACUCUCUCAUUGACUCCAUGAUGUUGGUGGAGCAGGAUGAAGAUGGAGAUCUAAAAGACAUGGUCAAAGUCCACGACAUCCCUAACCCGGCAUUCCAGAGGCAUUUCCAGUGCCUGCAUCAUCGAGCUGUCAACCCCGGCACCCCCUUACCUCCCAUGGAACCAUGGCUAACCGCUGUACUCGACCGCCCAGAUGUCAUCAAGGAACGUUGUGGAGCACCUCUGGAGGAGGUGAAAAGGAUUUUUCCUCUCAUAGAGGUGGAGAAGAAAAAGAAGCUGAAGACCAGUGCUCAGAUCUUUGGAAAAGAUUCAGAACAGCCCGAUGCCAAGAAGGCAAAAGGAGAUGCUGCGAAGGAGGAGGAGUAUAAUCUGGCUGACAUUUCGGAAGGUUCUGUUACUUCGGUUGGAAGUGUUAAUCCUGCCCGGGACUUCCGCAUCCUCAUCAAGCAAAAAGCACUUCCAUUCAAAGGAGCCUGUGAGCAGCUGACUCACAGGAUAGAACAGUUGCUAGGCAACAAGAACACACAGUACUAUAUGAAAAGCAUCACCUGUAUCGAGGCUUUCAGAGAGCAGUCAGUAAAGCUGGGGAAUGCCGAUCUGUACAAUAGCUACCUCCAAUCCCUGAAAAGGAGCAUCCCAAAAAGAGGGCUGGAGGCCUUCUGGGACCUGCUUGUCCAAGACGCCAUAUCUCUUAUUAGCCAGGACGAGGUGCAAGGAAGUUCUGUGUCCAAACACGAAGCCAGUCAGUUUCUGCUUGCUGAGGAGAAGAAAGACGAACCAGUCGCAAUAACAGAAGAUGACAUUGGCCAUGUUGAUGACUUGCUGGACAUGAUGUAAGAAAGAAGGCAAUGGGAGCGUCUGCGGAAAAAAUUUAAAGUAUGCAUCACUGUGCUUAACCGUCCAAGGCAGUCCAGUCGUCCAUUGUUUCACCUCCCACAUGGAGACCUUGUGGUACUUUUGUAUGGAUACUGCACACAACAGACUAAUAUUGUUUUGUUUGUAAUUCUUAAUAUUGGAGAGUGAGCUCUUAAAAUUGACAAAAAACAGCACGGUGGAAUAUAGCAUGGCCUGUUUACGACCUUAAAUCUGAUUUAUUUUGUAUAACUAGGAUGGAUAUAGUGUCAGAUUGUACAGUACAUGGAGGAAUUGUAAAUGCCAUUAACAUCAGUAGCACCAAUACGA